CAACAAAACACAAAUUUCGAAAGGCCCAGCCUCAUCUUCCAUCCUCACCAAGCAUCUCGGUCUACAUGCCACGCGACUCAUCACCCGUCAGGGACUCAUCAUACUCUCGGCAUCGGCGAUCUCCCCCAAGGGACUCCUCAAGAGACCGCCACCGAGGGCGAGAAUCGACCAGUCAUUACCGCGAUGAUGACCGCCAUCACAAGUCCCGCAAGAGGAGUCGAUCUCGCUCACCUAUCUCCUCAGACUCAGAAAGGGGGCGGCGUACUCGUAGAGAUGAUUCAGUCGACUCGGAGAGAAGCGAGCACCAUUCCAGCAAACAUCGACAUCGAUCGUCUCACAAGAGUAAACGUGAAACUUCCAAGGAACGAAAGGCUCGCAAGGCGGCGGAGAAAGCCGCACGAAAACUGGAACGUCGAUCGGAACGAAAGAGCAUGCGAGAAGAGGCCGAUCGACGAGCGGCUGCCGAGCUUUCGAUGUAUUCAGCAAUCGACAAUCCGUUCCACGAUGCGAAUCUAUCGACCCAGUUCGAUUGGUCAAAGAAGCGUGAACGGGAGAGAAAGAUGGGACUGAGUAAUGAAGAAGCUAGCAGACGAGAUGCUGAACGACGAGCAGAGGCUGCUGAAGAGCUUGAGCGACUGGCACGUCGUCGAGCGGAGAGAGAGAAGGAGCUUGAGCUACGGGAGGCCGAGAGCAAUCGGAUGGCUCAGAUGGCCGAAAGUGCGCAGAUGGCCGAAUGGAUCGCCAAGGAGGACGACUUCCAACUCGAACAGGCUCAGAAACGCGCAGAGAUUCGAGUGCGAGAGAAGAGGGCCAAACCGAUCGAUCUUCUCGCCCUGAACCUCAAGUGGGGUCACCGUGACUUCGAGGCUGAAGAGGAUCUGAAGAAGAACACUCUCCAAGGGCUCAUCAACGAAGCUACAGAAGAAGAGGAUGAUGGGGCGGGCAUGGAAGUCGAUUUGGAUGAACCCUACACAAUCUUCGAUAACCUGACCCUGGAAGAGACUCAAGGACUGGCUGAAGAUAUCAAGAUGCACAUCGCUCUGGAAAAAUCGGAAUCUAAGCUUGAGUUCUGGCGAUGCUUACAGUGUGUCUGUGAUGAUGCGCUUGCUCAACUUACCUCCGAACGAAACCUAGCACACGACGCUCUCCGGGCUGCAGCAACGAUCCGGGAGCAAAUCACCCGAUUACUAGAAGGAAAGAAUUUCGAUCAGCUGAUCGCAUUGGAGUCUAAUAUCGAAACCAAACUCGCUGGAAAUGAACCGGUCGAUCCUGAAUAUUGGGAAGGUCUUCUAGCUCAAUUGAAAGUUUGGAAGGCGAAGGCCAAGUUGAAGGCAAUGCACGAGGUCGUCCUUCGCAACAGACUAGAGUAUCUCCGUCGCCGUCAACGAGACGAGGCCGUCAAGGUGCAAGCUGAACUUGCUAGUAGUUUGAUCAAUCAACCCAGUACUAGUCGUCCGACUCAUACGCAUUAUGAUAGCCAUGAAGCUGAAGAAGACGAGGCCCAGGUGGUGGUCGAAGAAGUGGCAGAAGAGUAUGAGAGUGCCAUGGAGCCUCUGUUGGUACAACACCUUUCGCUGGAGGAGCAGAAACUCGAAAUGAUUUCAGCUGCGGAGGACUGGGCUCAAAUCAUCAAUGCUCGUCAGAUGGUGCUCAGUACUCGCUUUGUUCCCAAGACUAAGCAUGGCUCGGAUUCCAAAGAUCAGGAUAUCUUGGAUCGGGACGCGCUGGCUGAGAAGCUGUACGCUCAAGAGGCUGAGAAAGGUCUCGGUGAGGAGGAAGAAAUGUUCGAGCUGGAAGCUGAAAUGGGCAGACAGAGUUAUAAUUGGGAAGACAAAUAUCGACCACGUAAACCGAGAUACUUUAACAAGGUUCACACCGGUUAUGAAUGGAAUAAAUACAAUCAGACCCAUUAUAAUACUGAUAACCCUCCUCCAAAGGUCGUCCAAGGCUAUAAAUUCAACAUAUUCUACCCGGAUCUGAUCGACAAAAGCCGAGCGCCGACCUACAAGAUUAUCAAAAACAAGGAGAACGAGGAUGUGGCGACACUAUUAUUCAAAGCGGGCCCGCCAUACGAAGACAUUGCCUUCACGAUCGUCAACAAGGAUUGGGAGCACAGUCACAAGCGCGGCUUCCGGAGCUCAUUUGAUCGUGGCGUCCUUCAACUGCAUUUCACGCUCAAACGGAUUCACUAUCGAAAAUAGUCCGAUGGGCACGCAGUCGCUCUGGUGCUCUCAGCCGGCUCUGCCGGGCGUUGUAUUGCGUACACGAGGCGCUCAAGCGCGGCUGCGCCGGCCUGUCCUGUCAAUGCCUCAAUGACGUGUACUUAUUGGCAAGAUUUGUCACCUGGACUUGGUCAUGUUAUAAAUGCAGAGUAGCCCUGCUGAUCACAGACAUAUGUUUGAUCACAACUACAACACAUUAAGUGCUAACAAUUCAGGUUGAGUUCCAGAUGAGUCCUGGAAUUGAAGAUUUGGCCUCGUAGAUGCACCAUCCAAAGUAUUCUCUUCUCAUCUGCCCAACCUGUACUUCUUUAUCGUGCCCUGCCAGAUUCCAACGCUUCUCCCCGACCAACCAAAUGCACUAUUUUCC